CUCUGUUUUUUCGCUUCUCUCUCCGGUUUGUGGUUCUGCUUCUCAUCUCUAAGUUGUCUGACUGUUGUGCUGGAAACAAACAGCUUUUGUUCCGAGGAUGAAAACGUCUUUAACUUUGUGGAGACUCUGAUUUGAAAACCUUUUUUUCCUCUUGGUGUGGCGGUUGACGAGAACUGAAGCUUCACCAUGUGCCAAACUGGGAGUCCGCCGCUAUCCUCUAUCAAUCAUCUACUGUUCUUGUUGACUUUUGUCUCAGUUGAAUUACUGCAUUCAGCAGCAGGAGCCUCAGCUUCGACCCUAAACUCUAACAGCACAGCCAGAAACCAGACCAAAUGUGGUGGCAGCAAUAAAUGCAUUGAAGGUGUCAUCCUUCCCCUGUGGAAACCGGAAAAUCCUCCCUUUGCCGACCGCAUGGCCAGAGCCACCAUUUACUUCGUGGGGCUUUUCUACAUGUUUCUAGGAGUCUCUAUCAUUGCUGAUCGUUUCAUGGCAUCCAUCGAAGUCAUCACCUCUCAAGAAAGAAAGAUCACGAUAAAGAAGCCAAAUGGAGAGAAGAUUACCACUACAGUUCGCGUUUGGAAUGAGACGGUGUCCAACCUGACCCUGAUGGCCUUGGGUUCAUCUGCACCUGAAAUCCUCCUGUCGGUCGUUGAAGUGUGUGGUCACAACUUCGAUGCCGGAGAGCUGGGUCCAAACACCAUCGUAGGAAGUGCUGCUUUCAACAUGUUUGUCAUCAUUGGCUUGUGUGUGUCUGUCAUUCCUGAUGGAGAAACCAGAAAGGUGAAGCAUCUGCGGGUGUUUUUUGUCACCGCCACCUGGAGCGUGUUUGCAUACACCUGGCUGUACCUGAUCCUGGCUGUUUUUUCUCCAGGUGUUGUUGAAAUAUGGGAGGGGCUUCUUACACUCUUCUUCUUCCCUUUCUGUGUUGGAUUAGCUUAUGUUGCAGAUCGCAGACUUCUUUUCUACAAAUAUGUGUACAAGCGAUACAGGGCAGGGAAGCAGAAAGGAAUGAUUAUCGAGACAGAAGGUGAGCCAGAACUUCCCUCAAAGGUAGACAUUGAAAUGGAUGGCAAGAUGCUUAACUCUCAUGGAGAUGAACUCCUGGAUGGAGAGGUGGGAAGUGAGGAAAAGGAGGUGGAUGAGGAGGAGGCUCGUAGAGAACUGGCCAGGAUCUUGAAAGAGCUAAAACAGAAACACCCGGAGAAGGAAAUGGAACAACUGAUGGAGCUUGCCAAUUACCAGGUGUUAACCCAACAACAGAAGAGUCGAGCCUUCUACCGCUGUCAGACAACCAGAAUCAUGACCGGAGCAGGUAAUGUUCUUAAAAAACAUGCCGCUGAUCAGGCCAAGAGAGCCACACAGCAUGAUAUCUGCUCUGAGAUAUCCGUCAACAACUUUUCUUCGAAGGUUUUUUUUUACCCUGGGAACUAUCAGUGUCUGGAAAACUGUGGCAGUGUAGUACUCAACGUUGUCCGCAGAGGUGGAGACUUAACAAGCACGGUCUGUGUUGAUUACCGGACUGAAGAUGGCACCGCAAACGCCGGUUCAGACUACCAGUUCACUGAAGGAACUGUUGUGUUCAAACCAGGGGAGACCGAAAAGGAAAUCCGUAUUGAUAUCAUUGACGAUGAUAUCUUUGAGGAGGAUGAACAUUUUUUGGUUCACCUCACCAAUGUGAGGGUUAUAUCUAAUGGUGCAAAUGAUCAUAAGAUGAACCACGUCGACGGCCUUGCAGGGUUAGGUUUGCCAUGUACAGCCACCGUCACCAUCUUUGAUGAUGACCAUGCUGGGAUCUUUACCUUUGAGGAGCCAGUCAUGACUGUGAGCGAGAGCACAGGAAUGAUGGAGGUGAAGGUGACCAGGAACUCAGGAGCCCGUGGCCUUGUGGUUGUGCCAUACAAAACCAUAGAGGGGACGGCUAAAGGAGGAGGGGUGGACUUUGAAGACACAAAUGGAGUUCUGGAGUUUGACAAUGACGAGAUUGUAAAAACGAUUCAGAUCAACAUUGUUGACGAUGAAGAGUAUGAAAAAAACAAGAACUUCUUCCUAGAGAUCGGAGAGCCUCAGCUGCUGGAGAUGAGUGAACGGAAAGCUGUGUUGCUUCAGGAAGUCGGUGGCUUCGUACAGACAGACAAACAGCUGUGUGGUAAAGACAUCUACAGGAAAGUCCAGGGCCGAGACCGUCGCGCCCCCUCCAAUAUCAUCAGCAUCACAGAUGGAGUGUGUGAGGAGGCUUUGACAAAGAAGGAGGAAGAAGAGAGGCGGAUUGCGGAGAUGGGACGACCAAUGUUGGGCGAACACGUCCGUCUUGAAGUUAUCAUUGAGGAAUCAUAUGAGUUCAAGAGCACGGUGGAUAAACUCAUCAAGAAGACCAAUCUGGCUCUGGUCAUUGGGACGAACACCUGGAGGGAGCAGUUUGUGGAGGCCAUCACUGUCAGUGCAGGUGAUGAUGAUGAUGAAGGUGGUGAAGAAAAAAUGCCCUCCUGUUUCGAUUACGUCAUGCACUUCCUGACAGUCUUCUGGAAGCUUCUAUUUGCCUUUGUUCCUCCGACGGACUACUGGAACGGCUGGGCAUGCUUCGUCGUCUCCAUUAUCGUCAUCGGCAUGCUGACCGCCAUAAUCGGAGACCUGGCCUCACAUUUUGGCUGCACGGUCGGCCUCAAAGACUCAGUUACUGCGGUGGUCUUUGUUGCUUUGGGGACUUCAGUACCAGACACCUUCGCCAGUAAAUUGGCCGCCAUCCAGGACCAAUACGCCGACGCCUCCAUUGGGAAUGUCACUGGAAGCAAUGCUGUCAACGUCUUUCUUGGAAUAGGUGUGGCGUGGUCCAUUGCUGCCAUCUACCACUACAGCAAAGGGCAGGAGUUUAAGGUGGACCCAGGAACUCUGGCCUUCUCUGUAACUCUCUUCACCAUCUUUGCUUUCAUAUGCAUUGCUGUCCUGAUUUACCGGCGCCGACCAUCCAUCGGAGGGGAGCUUGGUGGUCCACGAAUUCCUAAAAUCCUCACCACUACCCUGUUCUUUAGCCUGUGGUUGAUGUACAUCGUCUUCUCAUCGUUAGAAGCGUACUGCCACGUUAAGGGCUUCUAGAAGUUCUGCUUCGAACUGAAAUUCAGGUUCUGAUGGAUUCUUAUUGGUUCCAUUCAAUUCCUGCAGGUUCUAACAGGUUCCUAUGUGUGUUUUUUGAAAGGUUACUAGGGUUUGUAAGAGAGUCUGAUGAAUUAUGGGUUCCUACAGAUUCCGAUGAUUCUGGCCUCGUAACCCUAGGCAGGAUUUGUCAGAUUGCUGUAACCAAGAGAUUUGAGUCAUUUCUGCUGGUUUCUUUGAUGUUCUGUUAUUUUAUUUCUGAGCUUCUUUUGGAAUGCUCGGUCCCAUUUUUAGCUGCGGUUACUGGUGUGUUGGAAUUUUUUAGGGGUGUUGUUAAAUAGCCAGUUUUUGGUGUUCUGCUCUGUGCAGAACCAUUUUAAAGCACUCAGUUGGACUCAUGCAGAUCUGACUCUUUUUGACCUCAUAGUUUACUUUCAGAGAGUACUUAAAGUGAUUUAUUUUAGCUUCUUCAGAGUUCUACCAGGUCCAAAUACCUUCAGCAGGGUUUUUUUUUUUUCUCAUGCAAAAAACAGAGGUUCACCUGCUGCCCUGAAGGGACCUUGGACCUUUUGCUGCAUUGGAUUCUUUUUUGCCUGCAGAGGGCUGGUGACCUCCCCCAAUCCCAGUCUUCAGUAAAUCUCCUUGCCUGACGACCCCUCUACCUUUAUUUGUGCACAAUGUUUUAAUAUGCAUGAACUUUGAAGCAACUGCCACAACGGGGACCCUGGGCAGCACUAAGUUUUUGUUCAUCAGGAGAUAUCGACGUCCUCGGAGAUCCCUUAGUUUUAUUCUGUGCUGUGGUUGUUUGGUUGAUGUCAGCAUAAACUGGUUGUUCAGUACAUUUUCUCUUUAAAUAUAUUAAAAUUCAGUGAGUGAUUAUU